AAACAGUCACUGAAUUAUGGCUGUCACUGUCAAUCAACGAUUUUGUUAUCGCAAAAAACACGUAAAUUGGGAAAGUCCUACAAUAGUAUACGUGAUAAAUUGUUGAAAACCCAACGAAAUUUGUGAAAAUGGCUUCGAUACCUUUAAUGUACGCCCAAGAAGACUGUGAACUAGGAGGGAAGGAAUCUGUUGAGGAUGACUUUGCAUACCGCAACAAUGUAAUGAAUGCUGAAAGGGAGAUCCGUCUCGCCUUCAUACGGAAAGUCUACGGUCUCCUGACAGUGCAGCUCCUGGCUACGGUCUCCAUUGCGGCUGUAUUUAUGUUUGUUGAGCCCGUACAAACAUUUAUACACACCAAUAAUUGGAUGAUGAUCAUUGCUUUUAUCCUAAGCAUGGGAACUCUGAUUGCAUUGAUCGUGAAACGACGCGAUUCACCCGCCAAUCUGUAUCUCCUGGCUGCAUUUACUGUUAUCCAAGCGUACACCAUCGGCGUUGUCGUGUCAUACUACAACACCAUGGUGGUGUUGCAAGCUCUGGCUUUAACAUUCGCCGUCGUAUUUUCUCUCACACUGUACACGCUUAACUCCAAACGGGACUUCUCAUUCAUUGGAUACAUGCUCGUAGCUGGUUUGACAGUUCUCAUUUUGGGGGGUCUUCUUCAGCUGGUGGUGCAGAGCGCCGCCUUCGAAAUGGCUCUGUCCAUCGUCGGCGCGAUAUUCUUCAGCAUGUUCCUCGUUUACGACACGCACCAGAUGAUGAGGGUCCUGUCUCCGGAGGAAUACAUCUUGGCAACCAUCAAUCUGUACUUGGACAUUCUGAACCUAUUCCUGUACAUACUCAGAAUUUUGAAUGAGUUAAACAGGAAUUAAUGCAUUUAGUAGUCCUUUUGGGAAAAAGGGGGGUAAUUUAUACACAAUCUAUCUAAACAGUUUUCAUAUACUGUAUAUUUCAAUGUUAUUGUAUGCAUAAAUAUAAUAGUAUAUAAUAAGAUCCAGAAAAAUAUAUAUGUACAUAUAUUUUACAAUUUGUAAUCCCCCUACACCCCAAUUGAUAUCGAUGUUUGUCGAUUUAGAAUGUAUUAGAAGAAUGCAUUAGUAACAGUUUACUUAAAAUUCAUAGAGUAGCGACGCGCAAAAUAGUGAAAGCUUUUAUUGUUUAUGUAUAUUCUAAUGUUAAUUAAAUUUAUUGAACUGAGCACCGCUGACUUUUUUCCUCCUUAGUCACUUGUAAAAUUAAAAGUAAAAUAAAAAUUGUUUGUGAUGGGUUUUUUUUCCACUAUUUUUAAAUAACUGAUUUUUUAUUUAUUACUUUUUUUUUCAUACACAUUGUGUCCGUGAAACGAUUCAGCACAUUGAUAAAAUUAUAAUACAAUGUUUUGACGUUGCAAUGAAUAAGUAUAAGAUAUGGUAUUAUUAUUUUUAUUUUCACGUAGGCCGAAAUGAUAUAAGAGAAAACUGUAGAGUCGAAAACAAUAUUAAUAAAUUUUAGUAUAUUAUGUUAAUCGCAAACCAUGAAAAAGACUAAGUGAAAUAAAUUGCAUUGGUGAAUAAUUAAUAUUGUAAUCUAUAUACAUAUUAUAUAAAAAUGAAUUGCUGUUCGUUAGUCUCGGGUCUUGAAUUAUGUGUGGAAGUCCAGAAAAGGUUUAAAAGGUAGAUAAAUAUGAAAAUCCUCGGAAUUAAAUAAAAAUAACAAUUUUGUUUUUCCUUUUGUUUGUUUUAAGUUUAUUUUAUACAAAAGUUUAGGUCUUUUAUUUAUCGAUUGAGGCACUACGAAGUCUGCCGGGUCAGCUAGUUAAAUUAUAAUUGUUGCAGCUACUUAAUCGAUUAUUGAAAUCUAUCUAUAUAACACCAUGAUAUCACGAAACCAAACGAAUAGCUCAGUAUUUGCCUAUUUUUUAUUAUAAUAUUAUUUAGAAAAAAGUGUUUACCCUUUUUUUUUCAGAACAUUGCAUUGUAUGUUGACUUUCGGAUUAUCGUUAUUAGAACCAAUAAAUGUUGAGGUUCGAAUUUGUAUUUAAAUUUUUACUUUGGCUGUGAAUAUAAAUUCUUUUAAAAUUGUUUGAUAUAAAUGUUUUUUUCUUUAUAGCAUAUGUUUUCGAUAUAAUCACACGAUGCUUUGACCGAAAUGUUAUUUGUAUUACACAUAAAUUUAAUAAAUAGUUUGGGAUGGUA